UGGUCUAAGACGGUUGUUUCCCGGUUUCGGAUUCGGCUGUGUUUUUUGAGGGAACUACUCCUUAAUAACCGGUUGCGUGUGGUUUUAAGGAAUUCUUCAUUGUCUUUUGGGUGAUUUUGUUUUUGGAUAAAGUGAUGCUUUGGAUUUUUUUUUUUUGAAUUGUUGUGGAAUAAAUACAAGUGCUGAGUGAAUUGAAAAUUCGUUGGGGCUUCCUGAUUCUAUCAACGGUGCACGUGAGCAUCAGAUGUAUGUGGCUGGAAAAGAAUAAUAAAGUUUCUCAUUGAAGUCCCUUGGAGGGAGAGUGUUAAUUGUGUUUGUCUGUGGUUCAACUUUUCUCCCGCUUCCUGGAACUUCCCGAAGAUUAGUAUCCUGAUGAAUUGCCCAUUGGGUGAGAAAAGGAGGUCAAACUGUGUAACCGGAAAUCCUUUUGCGAUUUAGUAGCAUUAGUGGGUGUUUUGGGAUUUGACCAAGGAAAAAAGUGAGUUUAAUUGAGUUUGGCCAAGUGGAAAAAAAUAAUAUUUGCUAGGUUUUCCUCCCACCAGAAAAGUUGGCCCGUAAAAACGGUUACCGAAUUGAAAAUUUGUUGGAUCCCGGCACAGAUUGUAAAGUGAUUUGCCAAAUUUGUUCACUAGGCGAGACACGUUUCCGUGAGGCGUUGGAUGAAAAUUUAAAAAUUCUACUGUCACCAGUUGCUGUAAGUUCGAGAAAAGACGCGCGUUGAAGAUAAACAACGUUCAACAGAGCAAAACUUUUCCAGCAUCCAGCAUCCAAGGUGAGGCAGAACGUCGCCAAAACAAGAAGAAGGUGCAAAAAAAGUUGAAUUAACGUGCGGAAUUUAGAUUUAUUUUCCCGGGGAGGACGAGAGCAAAAAGCUUUCGAAUGUGAAAUUUUUCGUGCAUUAACAGAAGCUAAAGGCAGCGGCAAAGUGAAAGAUUUAUGCGUCGUUGUCAACCGAAUUGUUUGGCGGAAUAAUGUAAUCUUCUGGCGUUUUUUUCUACUACCGUUUUUUCGUGUAAAGUUGGGAGCGUCUUUCUUGCUCCAAAAAAAGAAGCACCGAGUGUUUUCGAGCGCAAAAAGAAUAAAUUUGGAAUUACGAGUGCCUCUGAUAGGAAUAAAAUUGGCCGGUUCGCCAAAGUGAUGUGCCACUUGAGAGUUUGAAAUUCGAUUUACAACCCGAGAAAGUGUCGUCGAUCACCCUAUAAGGAGAAAAUUCUAAUAAAAAACCAUAAGUGAAAAAAACGAGUUUCGAAGAAUGCUCCAAAGUGCCAUCGAAUAAAAUAUUUCAGCAAUUUUUCUAAGCGAAAAGAAAAAUACCUCUCACCCCGAAGUGAAACCCAGUGACCAACAAAAAAAUCAAGCUAAAAGCAACUUUUCAAUUGAAAUUUUGGUCGAGGAAAAAGCCAUAACACUUGUUAAAAAAAAUCAUUCAACAAAACAAGUGUGUAUAGUAAAAGGAGCACGCUCGUUUGGCAGAUUUUCAACUGGUAACAAAAACCCCGAAACAACAUCCAUUACAACUAACUAUAUGCAACUCAGUCGUAUGCAAGAAGCAUAGUUAUUGCCGACAACAACCUAUCUCCCUAGUGGCUAGUUCAUACAUACAUAGUUAGUGAUUCGGCUUAAGCCUGUUGUAUUUGCUCCAAAAAGAACAUAACUUGUGCACUUGUUUCCUGCUGCUCCUGCUGCUACUAAAAAAAUAACAACACACCGUAGUGAAUGGUUUCUAUUUGUUUUUUUUUUUCGUUUUUGAAUGGGCUCAGUAAGAGGCGGCUCGGAUGAAGUGAAACAAAAAAAAAGUGGUGGUGAAAAAUAAAAACUGAACACCGGAAGCUGUCAGUUGUUCUUCCGCGAAGAUUUUGCUGAAAAAAUAUACACCUAGGAAUUUGGAUCUGUUGAUUUCAAGAGUUCCGAACGAAACUGUCACAAAUCCCAGCAUAAAAAACGUCCCCAACAGUGGCAAUAAAAAUGAAGGAAAGCCACAAAAAAGGUGGCAACUGAACUGAAACUAAUCCAUAGGUGGAUCGUAAAAUUCUAAUUCCAUCUAAAAAGAAUAGGUACGACGCUAGACAAUUUUACUAUUGUACCGAAAUUGACUUAGUCGGUCUGACUAUCUGGGGCAAGUGUGAACGAGAAAGGAGCUCAGCGAGAGAAGAGAACAGCAACAACUACAACAACAGCAGAUCGACAAUAACCAUAAAGAUCUAGUCCUCAAAUAAUUCUACAUUCAACUGAUGAGUGCACGUAAUCGGAUUGAGAAAAUUCGAUUUUUCUUGUGACUCAAACUUCAAACCGAUACUUCCGUAGCUUGUUAUUAAGAUUCACAUAACAAUCAUAAAAGAUGGCACACCUCCAGCAGUACCGGCACCGGUUGGAAUCCAUGAGCGACCAUUGCAGUGGACCAUCACACAAAUCGGACAGCUCGGACGGAUCGGCCUCGGAAAUAUGCGAAGUCAUCCAGGAGUGGUCCCUGGACAAUUCGGAAUCACACUCGUUGCCGAGUCAGAAUUCCGGCAGUGGCAGCAGUUCCGGAAGUAGUAGCAGUAGCAGCGGAAGUAGCUCGACCAGCAGUAACAGUCAUAGUCAUAGUCAUCACCACCAUCACCAUCAUCAUCAUCAUCAUCUGCACCAAAGUCUGCACCAGCAGCGGCAGCAUCAGAUUCAGCAGCAACUGGCCAACAACGGGAACUUUAUCAACGAAGAUGACGACGAAGACGAUACCGGGCCUGGGGGAUUGGACCAGGUAGACUAUGUAGUGAGCGGGGGAGGAGGACCCGGGAAGCUCGAUGUGAUUAGCCUGGACAACGGCAUGAUAACCGAAUACGAGCGAGCUCAGGUGGAAAGCUUCUUCAGCGGACUGGGAACGCAGGUCUACGUGAGCACAUCGCUGGCGAAUCUGUACGAGAGUCUGGGCAAGGAUGACUGGCGCCUAAUCUACACAGGGAUUCCGGUGCUGCUGCACGACAAGGGAUGUACCCGGUCCCGGUGUACGCCCCGGGUAAGCUUCGUUCUGGCCGAACGUGGGACCUGUUUUGCCCUCUGGAAGGACACCAUCGACAACCUGUCGGACUACAAGGUGGCGGCGGCCGCAUUUCACACCAUGUAUCUCUCGGCAGACCACCGCAAGGUGAUCGGCUUCAGCUUCGACUCGAACCAGGCCGCCCGGGAGAUGUGGGUCCGGGUCGAAGAGCUGAUCAGCAAUCCGGAAAACAUUGCCCUGUCAGCGCCGGGCCGGAAGCGGAAAUCCAAGAAGAAGAAAUCCACCAAACAGAAACCGCUGGUACUUCCUCCGAAGUCUCAGAUCUCCCAGCCCUGUCAGUUCCACCACGUGACCAGUGUUACGGCAGACGAUACGGAGCGAUACUUCAGCCUCCAAGCGUUUGUGGCUCCACCCGUAAAACGUCCGAUUCCGGCUCCCUGAGGGUGGUGGCCAUCCCAAUGGCGGGGCGAUCCCAACGGAAAUGGUUGAUGGAUUCAAAUGGGAGCACGUGGAAAGUCUGUGAAAAGAAGAGAGAGAGAGCGUGGUUUUAAAGCUGUAGAUUUUAAGAACAAUCAGGUCUCUGGAAAUGAUUCCAAGAAAUAGUAGAUUUAGCGAAUGCAAUGCGUUAGAUAAGAAGCAUCACUGAUUAAUGUUUCCAAAAAUAUUGAAUCUUUAUUUAAUUUAUGAUUUUAAUAUAAAGAAUUGUCAUAAAUAUGAAGGUAAUUAACAUUGUUAGAAGCUGAUGAAAAUGUUACCGUCCGAAGAAUAAAUGGAAAAAUAGGACGUGAUUUUAAGAAAUUUGUUUCAAAGGGUGAGUGUCAUAAAUAAAAAAUAACUUGGAAGUUACAGAUCUUCCCAACAAUAUUUUAUUCACAUUGUAAAUGAAACAACGAAUAUCAACAUAAUGCGAUCCAAACUUUUAUUUAAUAUCAAAUGUCCAUUUUUAUUUAACCUUGAAGAAAUGUAAACCUUUAACAAAUUUUUCAAGAAUAUGAAUUGAAUCAAAAAUCCAAAUUACAACUUUUAUUUUCGACUCUUCAAAUGGUUUCGAUUUAAUGACGACAGAAGAAUGAAUUGAAAUACAACAAAUUGUAAAUAUUGUGUCUGUGAUAAUGAUAAAUUGGAAGAUAUGAACAAAAGUUUACACAAAUCACAAACAUCACUAAUAGCUAAAUCAAAAGAGUAUAAACGAAUCAGCCGAAGCUAACUCGUUCAGAUCCCAUUCUCACUUUUCGUAGAUAAAAUAUUAUCAAUCAAAUUCAUUGUCAAAAAUAUGACCACAAAAAAAAUCUUCAAUUGUGAGUUUUAACUAUUUCCUUCAUAAAAUUGCACUUUCACUCCCUUUUAGCAGUAGUGUGUUACACUUCAUUGAAGUUUAACCUGUAUCCUCAAACAAAUAAAUAUUAUAAUGACUGAUGAAAGGGAUUCUUCAGCAACGUUGGAAGAAACCAGUAGAAGUGAGGAUGUCAAUUCAUAAUUGAAAAGCAAAUAAAUGCGUUAAAAACUGAAACAUUUUCAAUCUAUGUUAUUUAUUUUCACACCGAUAGGUAACAAAAGUUUUUUUUUAACUUUUGUCGGAACAGAGCACAUUUUCAAAACAUUAGUGAAAUCCGAGGAUUGAAUGUUGAAGUUUCGUAUGCAUCAAGAAGAAAAAAAAUGAACAGUCAUCUAAACGAUGAGUAGAGUUUAAGGAAGAAAGCUAUUUGUACGUCAUAAGUCGACUCAAAAUGGUUCUUAUUUAAGUUUAACUAAAAAAACAUAAAGCCACAACAAAUUCGCAAGUUUUAACGUUAGCCUAUAAAUUUGGUCUUACACCCUCACUACCCCAACAACAACAAAACACACGUGUAAAUAACCGUUUUCCUCAUGUAAGUUGAUCAAUUCUGAAAUAAAGAAAAAUAUGUGAACCAAA